AAAGUCGUCAACACUGAGGAUUGAACCCAGUGUUGUAUGUCGACACAAGCAGCAAUGCCACUAGGCCACGACCACAUGCCCAGCUUGACCUGAUGCAGUUGUUAGGCAAAGUUUGAGACAUUAAACAGAUAAACCACUAUUAUUCGAGCAGUCGCCAAGGUUAGACAGUGAAGCAGAAAGCAAGGUGGUGUGGUGGUGUGGUGGUGAGGUGAGGUACAGUCAAUACUUGAUGGUGACAAGGCUGCAAGGCUGUGAAAGCGGCUAGCGGCUAUUGCGGGGAAAAGGGCUCCCCGGAACGUCAUAUAAGUUUCAAGCAUUCCCUAGACUUUAGAAAUCAGCUAGUCGGACCCAAUAGGAGCAAUAAGAUAAACAGGAUGCCAGACCUUCACUCUUUGCCCGUAGGGUCACGGCCUGACAAAGCAGUGCGGAACAAUGGUCCAGAAAACCUGGUCCUCGAGCGUUACAAGCUAAGAGAAUUAGCUGAAGGGUGGCCUGCAUAUCGCGAUGCUUGUGAAUGGGAAAACUUGAAAUCCAUCUUUCAUCCAGACGCAUACAUCUACACGACAUGGACAGGCAGGACGCACCAUCUCGAUUUCAUCGCCGCAUCUGCGAAGGGCAUGGACAAUGGUGCGUUCAUCAUGCACCGCUGCCACGGCAUCAGUACAGAUAUCAACACCGAGGCUACGCGAGCCAUCACGAAAAUGAAAGCGACCAUCACCCAGAGAUUCGAUCUGGACGGGUGUGAGGCCGAUGCCGAGAGCGAUUGCCGGUUCUGCUUCUUCUGGAACAAGAUGGAGAAUGGCGAGUGGCGUGCUCGAUAUGUGCGCCACUGGUAUGAGAAGGACAAACUCAUUCCAGUCAAUCCGAACAAGGUGCCAAAGCUAGACGGGGAGGUAUUGCAAAAGUAUCCCAGCGGGUACAGAUACUUGGCUUAUUGUCAAGAGAAGACGAUGGGGGUCAAGGUGUUGCUCGACAUGCCUGGCCACCGGCGGGAGAAUGGUGCUCCGGGUGGAAGCAAGGCUUGUGGUGAGAAGCAUGAUUUGUUGUACUGGCAGUGCAAGGAGUGGUUGGAAGGUGGCAACGUUGACAUCUGA